AUGGCUGGGAUUUUCUAUUUCGUCCUCUUUUCGUUUCUUUUUGGGAUUUGUGAAGCUGUCACUGGUUCCAGGGUGUACCCCGCAAAUGAAGUUACUUUAUUGGAUUCCAGAUCUGUUCAGGGAGAACUUGGAUGGAUAGCAAGUCCUCUGGAAGGAGGGUGGGAGGAAGUGAGUAUUAUGGAUGAAAAAAAUACACCAAUCCGAACCUACCAAGUGUGCAACGUGAUGGAACCCAGCCAGAAUAACUGGCUACGAACUGAUUGGAUCACUCGAGAAGGAGCUCAGAGGGUGUAUAUUGAGAUUAAGUUCACCUUGAGGGACUGCAAUAGUCUUCCAGGCGUCAUGGGGACGUGCAAGGAGACAUUUAACCUGUACUACUAUGAAUCAGACAACGACAAAGAGCGUUUCAUCAGAGAGAGCCAGUUUGCCAAAAUUGACACCAUCGCUGCUGAUGAGAGCUUCACCCAAGUGGACAUUGGCGACAGAAUCAUGAAGUUGAAUACCGAGAUCCGGGAUGUAGGGCCGUUGAGCAAAAAGGGGUUUUACCUGGCUUUUCAGGAUGUGGGGGCCUGCAUUGCCCUAGUAUCGGUCCGCGUGUUCUAUAAAAAGUGUCCACUUACAGUUCGCAAUCUGGCCCAGUUUCCAGACACCAUAACAGGGGCUGAUACAUCUUCCCUGGUUGAAGUUCGAGGCUCCUGUGUCAACAACUCAGAAGAGAAGGAUGUGCCAAAAAUGUACUGUGGGGCAGAUGGUGAAUGGCUGGUACCCAUUGGCAACUGCCUAUGCAAUGCUGGGCAUGAGGAGCGGAGUGGAGAAUGCCAAGCUUGCAAAAUUGGAUAUUACAAGGCUCUCUCCACGGAUGCCACCUGUGCCAAGUGCCCGCCCCACAGCUACUCUGUCUGGGAAGGAGCCACCUCGUGCACCUGUGACCGAGGCUUUUUCAGAGCUGACAAUGAUGCUGCCUCUAUGCCCUGCACCCGCCCACCAUCUGCUCCCCUCAACUUGAUUUCAAAUGUCAAUGAGACAUCAGUGAACUUGGAAUGGAGCAGUCCUCAGAACACAGGUGGUCGCCAGGACAUCUCCUACAAUGUGGUAUGCAAGAAAUGUGGAGCUGGUGACCCCAGCAAGUGCCGGCCCUGCGGAAGUGGGGUCCACUACACCCCACAGCAGAAUGGCCUGAAGACCACCAGAGUCUCCAUCACGGACCUCCUAGCUCAUACCAAUUACACAUUUGAAAUCUGGGCAGUGAAUGGAGUGUCCAAAUACAACCCCAGUCCGGACCAAUCAGUGUCUGUCACUGUGACAACAAACCAAGCAGCACCAUCAUCCAUUGCUUUGGUCCAGGCUAAAGAAGUCACAAGAUACAGUGUGGCACUGGCUUGGUUGGAACCAGAUCGGCCCAAUGGGGUAAUCUUGGAGUAUGAAGUCAAGUAUUAUGAGAAGGAUCAGAACGAGCGAAGCUAUCGUAUAGUUCGGACAGCUGCCAGGAACACGGAUAUCAAAGGCCUGAACCCUCUGACUUCCUAUGUUUUCCACGUGCGAGCAAGGACAGCAGCUGGCUAUGGAGACUUCAGUGAGCCCUUGGAGGUCACAACUAACACAGUGCCUUCCCGGAUCAUUGGAGAUGGGGCCAACUCCACAGUCCUUCUGGUUUCUGUCUCAGGCAGUGUGGUGCUAGUGGUCAUUCUCAUCGCAGCUUUUGUCAUCAGCCGGAGACGGAGUAAAUACAGUAAAGCAAAACAAGAAGCGGAUGAAGAGAAACAUUUGAAUCAAGGUGUUAGAACUUACGUGGAUCCCUUUACAUAUGAAGAUCCCAACCAAGCAGUUCGAGAAUUUGCCAAAGAAAUCGACGCAUCCUGCAUUAAGAUUGAAAAAGUUAUAGGAGUUGGUGAAUUUGGUGAAGUAUGCAGUGGGCGUCUCAAAGUGCCUGGCAAGAGAGAGAUCUGUGUGGCCAUCAAGACUCUGAAGGCUGGUUAUACAGACAAACAGAGGAGAGACUUCCUGAGUGAAGCUAGCAUCAUGGGACAGUUUGACCACCCAAACAUCAUUCACUUGGAAGGCGUGGUCACAAAAUGUAAACCAGUAAUGAUCAUAACAGAGUACAUGGAGAAUGGCUCUUUGGAUGCAUUCCUCAGGAAGAAUGAUGGCAGAUUUACAGUCAUUCAGCUGGUGGGCAUGCUUCGUGGCAUUGGGUCUGGAAUGAAGUAUUUAUCUGAUAUGAGCUAUGUGCAUCGUGAUCUCGCUGCACGGAACAUCCUGGUUAAUAGCAACUUGGUCUGCAAAGUGUCUGAUUUUGGCAUGUCCCGAGUGCUCGAGGAUUUUUCAAAGGCAGGAGGCAGCACAAGUGGUGGCAAGAUUCCUAUCCGGUGGACUGCGCCAGAAGCAAUUGCCUAUCGUAAAUUCACAUCAGCAAGUGAUGUAUGGAGCUAUGGAAUCGUUAUGUGGGAAGUGAUGUCGUAUGGAGAGAGACCGUAUUGGGAUAUGUCCAAUCAAGAUGUGAUUAAAGCCAUUGAGGAAGGCUAUCGGCUACCCCCUCCAAUGGACUGCCCCAUCGCGCUCCACCAGCUGAUGCUAGACUGCUGGCAGAAAGAGAGAAGCGACAGGCCGAAAUUUGGGCAGAUUGUCAACAUGUUGGACAAACUCAUCCGCAACCCCAACAGCUUGAAGAGGACAGGGACGGAGAGCUCCCGACCUAACACUGCCUUGUUGGAUCCAAGCUCCCCCGAAUUCUCUGCAGUGGUAUCAGUGGGCGAUUGGCUCCAGGCCAUUAAAAUGGACCGAUAUAAGGAUAACUUCACAGCUGCUGGUUAUACCACACUAGAGGCUGUGGUGCACAUGAACCAGGAUGACCUGGCAAGAAUUGGCAUCACGGCCCUCACGCACCAGAACAAGAUUUUGAGCAGCGUCCAGGCGAUGCGAACCCAAAUGCAGCAGAUGCACGGCAGGAUGGUUCCUGUCUGAGCCAGUAC